AUGCAGGAGAACCAGAAAUCAGCGAUGCAAACCAGAAGUCAGCGCAGUUGCAGAAUCAGAAAUAAGCGCAGUUGCAGAACCAGAAAGCGCAGAGCGCAGUUGCAGAAGCCAGAAAUCAGAGCAGUUGCAGAACCAGAAAGCGCAGUUGCAGAACCAGGAGUCAGCUCAAAUGCAGAACCAGAAGUCAGCGCAGCUGCAGAACCAGAAACCAGUGUAGCUGUAGAACCAGAUGUUAGCGCAGUUGCAGAACCAGAAGUCAGCGCAGUUCAAGGGCCAGAAACCAGUGUAGAACCAGAUAUCAGGUCAGCUGAAAAACUAGACAGCUUGGCAGACGAAGAACCGAAUCUAAGCACCGCCGAACCUGAAAUCAGCACAACUGAAAAAUCCAAAAUCAAUGCAGUGGUAGAAUUAAGUCAAAUUAAAGACCUACAGUGCGACAAAACUGUGGAACUGGAAGGCAGACAAUUCGCUAGGCUGGAAGCAAAAAGAGUAGGAGAAUCAGAGAUAAGCAAAUCUCCUGAUCUAGAAACCGGGAAGGUUCAAGAAAUAAUUCGUAAAUUUGAAGAGACUGAAAGCAACACUAUAGUAGAGCAAAAAGUAUGCAAAGAGGAAGAACCAGAAAACCCCCUAGUCAAAGUACCAAAAGACAUCAAAAUUGAAGAACCACAAAUAAGACCAGAUGAAGAAGAACCAGGAAGCAGCACUGAGGAUGAAUAUAAGGGUGUUCCAACCGAAAGACCAGAAACGAGAAAACAGGAAGAAUCAGAAUCUGUCUUUACUGGAGAAAGCAAAACUGAUAAAUUAGAAAUUAUCACAGAGGAUGUACCAGAGAGUGUCCCAACUGAAGAAGCAGAAAGCACCAAAGAAGCAGAAAGAGUCUCGAAUGAAGAACCAGAGAGCUUCUUUGCUGAAGAACCUGAGAGCUAUAUUACUGAAGAACAAGAAAUCAUUACAGAGGAAAAGCCCGAGAACUUCCUAGUUGAAGAAUCUGCAAGUGAGAAAUAUGGAAAACCGGAGAGCAGUACUAUUGAAGAACCAGAAAGUGGUGUUAAUGAAGAAACAGAAAGUGGCAUAGAUGGAUUAGAAAACAAUCAAACCAAAGACACAGCAAGCAUGUCAGCUGAGGAAAACAGCAGAGAAAUCAGUCCAGAAAAAGAACAAGAACGCAACCCCAAUGACAAACCCGUUUGUAGCCAGCUUGAAUUAAAAGUUGACAAAGAUGAAGAACAGGAAAGUUGUGCAGACAAAGAACCAGGAGAUAAUCCAGUUGAAGAACCAGAGAAUGGUCAAGCUGAAGAAACAGGAAACAGUUUAAUUGAAGAAGACCAAGUUGAGGAACUUGAAAACAAUCCAACUGAAGAAACAAAGAGUAGACAAAGUGAAAAGCCUGAAUGCAGUCCUACGGAAAGAUCAGAAAGCAGUCUAGUUGAUGUAUCUGGAAGCAGUAUAGUUAAAGAUCCUGGAUACAGUUCUGUUGAAAAAACGGACUACACUGUAGCUGAAGAACCAGAAAGCAGUCCUAAAGACCCAGUCAACAUAGUGGAAGACUCCGAUAUCAGCUCAGCUGAAGAGCCAGAAAUUAACCAAGCUCAGGAACAAGAAAGUACAAGCUUUGCAGGAGCAGAAAAUAACCAAUUUGAAGAAUGUGAAACAACCUCUUUUGUAAAAACAAUUCUUGAAAAGAGAGAAGAAAGUAAUAUAGAUGUCGAAAAUGAUAUGUCAAAAAAUAAAAGUAAUUCUUCUAUUGAAAAUCAACUGGAGAAGACCAUAGCGGUGGAAAUGAUAACGGAUAAUCUAGUCCCUAAUGACGAAACAGAAAGCAAUAACAAUGAAAAGGACACAGAAUCAGAUGAAGGUUACAGCAAUGAACUUAGUAAUGGUCUUAUACAGAAAACAAGGGAAAACACUGUAGCAGAGAUGAAAACUGAAAUGACCAAAGAAGAAACCCUAGUAAACAAUCAGGUCAAUCACUUAGAGAAAGAGAAUGAUCUGCAACUGGCAGAUGAUGCAAAUGAAGUGAUAGAAGAAUUAAGAAGAAUUAUUGAAGAAGAAAAGAAAGUAAUGGAUGAUAAUGACUCAUCAAGGCUAGGGAAGAAAUCAGUCUUGCAGAUGAAUUAG